AUUGUUAUUCAAAAUUAGGGCAAUAAUAACGCAAGAUACUCAAUCGAUCAUAUUUAACUCUACAUUUAAAUUCAGUAUAGAAGACAUUGCGCUUUUUGCCAUCGUGGGCUCCUUGAACAUCGCAUUUAUAAUUAGUUUUCCUUUAUGCUUAUACAGGACCAAGUUGUUUAAUCUUUCAAUAGCACCAGCCUGGCACGAACUGACCUAGCGGCAGCACACCAAAUGAAAUCUUAAACCAAAAAUUAAAAUAUAUGGUCCUCCCAAUUUAGAGCGCCUGCGUGGUGAGCAAAGCUGCCGAAUGCCAGCGAUAAACAGCCGGCGAAACGCGCGCCAAUGUCAGAACAACAGGAAAAUUGCAAUAACAACCACAACGACAACAACUUCGCCACUAGUUCAAGUUCAAUGCAACAACAACAGCCAGCAGCACGUGACGCAAAUGUAUAAAGCCUGCCACAACAAUAAAGAGUGCUAACAGACCUGUUAACUUGGCCAACAGCAGUUGCAGACUGCCAUAUAUUCGGGCGGUUUCGGUAGCCCGCUUUCAGGGGAACGAGCCGGAGCCGUCAGAAUGUCGCGGCAUCUCAAACGAAUCGGACGCGAAAUGCAGAAAUCGAAGGAAAACUCGGACCCUCUGAUCAGAGUGCUUUUUGGAUAAUAUUUCAUUCGCUUUCGUACUAAGUAAUCGGAAUAAGCGCACGCGAUUGUGUGGGUUCGUCUGGCCGAAUGCUCGGGCUCGACAGGAACGUGAUUUCUGAAAUAUUGAUGAUCUAACUGAACAAGUUCGUUGAGAAAAUAAUUUCGGAUACGCAAAAUAAUAAUUUACUAAUCGGUUUUGAAAAACGAAGGCCAUUUUUACAAUAAGUGAAAUUCGCAAAAAGGCGCGGUACAACAAGUGCAACGCAUCAGAGCAUUAAGAACAACAAAAAUAUUUUUAAAAAUACCAAGCAUUUUGUUACUUAAACUUGACGGCACCCAAUGAAAUGUAAUGUUUAUCUGAAAUAAAGUCUAUCACAGCAUUACAUUCAAGUUAUUCAAAACCAAAACCUAGUGUAACUGUGUUUGUAAAAUAAUGUUUAAAAUGUACGAAUCCAAUUGCUCAACAAAAACAACGCAAGGCAGAAUACCCUGAAUAAGGCGACAACAUUAUUGCCGGUCCAUUUUCAAGGGAUAAAAGUAACUAAUCUAUCGGAUAAUAAGCACGAGACAAAAGGAAGGGUAACCCAAGUUCUGGAAAAACUUAUAUUACCUAAAGCUGCACCCAAUAUUAGCGACCUCACACGCGAGAAAUAUUGAUGAUGAAGCCCACAUCGAGGGUCUGGCAACAGGAAUCGAAAGUAGAGCAACGAAAACAACAUCAACAACUUAAACAACGCUGGCGAACUGACAGGGCAAACAUAUUAGUGGCUUACGCCGUUAACAGUGAUAAUAACGAUGGCGACCACGGGGAGGCGCAUAAUCAAAACAACGGCAGCCAAAACAGCUCUAUGAAUUUGAGCACAUCCGCCUUCCGACGGAGAAAACCACAACAGAAACCGCGGGUUACCUCCACUGGACCGCACUUUUCCGCCUCCCAUGGGACAAUGGUGCUCGUUCUCCUUUCAAUUUCUGCCCUGACUUCGUCCGCCAAUGUCUCCAGCACCACAACCCAUCUGUCCAUCAACGGCACCAGCGGCAGCGGCAACGGCACCGAUUACGUACUGCUCCUUGGCGACUCCACCACUCCCCUGGCUCCUGCCCAAACCACCGGGGUCUCCGGGGUCGGAAGUGGGGGUGACAUCGAGGACGAGGAGGAUGCCGAAAAGGCCAGCGAAUAUAUCUUCGACCGCACCGAUGUGCGCAUUGUAUUUAUCACCCUUUACACUUUAGUGUUUUGCUGCUGUUUCUUUGGUAACCUGCUUGUUAUUUUGGUGGUCACAUUAUCGAGACGACUGCGCUCAAUCACCAACUUUUUUUUGGCAAACUUGGCGUUUGCGGACUUCUGUGUGGGUCUCUUCUGUGUGAUGCAGAACCUGUCCAUCUAUCUCAUAGAGAGCUGGGUGUUUGGCGAGUUUCUGUGUCGCAUGUACCAGUUUGUACACUCGCUGAGCUAUACGGCAUCGAUUUUCAUCUUGGUUGUCAUCUGCAUGGAGCGUUAUUUCGCCAUUGUGCAUCCCAUAACCUGCAAACAGAUCUUAACUGCGGCCCGUCUAAGGAUGGUUAUUGUCACCGUUUGGAUUACCUCAGCAGUCUACUCAACUCCCAAGUUUGUUUUUAGCAAGACCAUUAAGAACAUUCACACGCAGGACGGUCAGGAGGAGGAAAUUUGUGUGCUGGACCGCGAGAUGUUUAACUCGAAACUGUUGGACAUGAUUAACUUUGUGCUUCUCUACGUUAUGCCGCUAUUGGUGAUGACGGUGCUGUACAGCAAAAUCGCCAUUGCUUUGUGGCGCAGUUCGCGCGGCCUCGCGCCGCAUGUGGUGCAGCAUCAGCAGCCGCAGCAGGCAUCUUGUCAGGACAGCGGCAUGGGCAUGCACAACAGCAUGUACCACCACCAGCACCACCACCACCAGCACCACCAGCUCCCAACCGCCGCUUCGGCAGGAUCUGGGCCUCUACCGGGAGUGGGAAUGGGUGGCGCCGGCUCGUCACUCGCUUCCGGCGGCAGCAGCACCACGUCCUUGUCCCGAAAACAGAGCAGCAAAUAUGAGAAGCGCGGCGUCAGCAUCACGGAGAGUCAGCUUGAUAAUUGCAAGGUGUCCUUGGAGGCCGAUCGUCCCAUUGUCAGCGCCUGCCGCAAGACGAGCUUCUACCACCACUCCCACGCCCAUCACCAGCGGUCGGGCCUAGCCGCGGGGGGCGGAGGGGUCGGCGGGGGCGGGGCCGGAGCCGGAGCCACCCACAUGUCCCACUCGUCCAGCAACGUCCUUCGGGCACGGCGCGGCGUCGUCCGUAUGCUGAUAAUAUUCGUGCUGACAUUCGCCCUCUGCAAUCUGCCGUAUCACGCCCGCAAAAUGUGGCAGUACUGGUCACGUUCGUAUCGCGGUGAUUCCAAUUUUAAUGCGCUACUAACGCCGCUCACCUUUCUGGUCACGUACUUCAAUUCGGGCGUAAAUCCCCUUCUCUACGCCUUCCUCAGCCGCAAUUUUCGGAAGGGCAUGAAGGAGCUGCUGCUCUGCUCCUGGAAGAAGGGCAAGGGCAAGUCGUCCUCCAACUCCUCGAUGCACCACAAGCGUAAGGCGCUGCAGCCCCCUUGCCUUCCAGACCCACUCGCUGCCCACGGACACCACGCACAUCGGCAACGAGCAGCUAUGAUGGCCCGGCGGCUGGAGGAGGCCCCUCAAGCUCUUCGGGCGGCGCUCCUAGGACCCAGCCCCAACCACAGCCCAUCGAAGGAUGCACCCAGUGCUGGGCCGUUAGGCGCUAGCUAGCUAUUGUUUUCGAUUGAUUGUGAUUGCGGAACGCCUUUUGCUCUGGUCGAAUCGGCAUCGAAGCGGAAGUAUCUCCAGUCGGUGUCAAGUUUUAAUGAUAGAGUAAGCCAAUUUUUAAGCGAUAUCAAAAUAAAACCAAUUUGCAUGCCAGUCCGGGAGCAUGGACGUCAACUUCUUAGUGUAUAUAUAUGACGAAGUGUGAACCACUAUGAACAAAUAAAGAAAACAGCAAACACCAUUACUGCGUGCAAAUAUUUACUGUUUCAGCAUUCUUGCCUUUUGGCAACUCCGUUUUUCAACUCGGAGUAUUUAAACAGCAAAAUCAAUGGCUUGCGGGGCUUAAAUUGCAAUUUGGCUGCCACCGAUUGCGUUUGCAAUUUAUUUGCUAUCUCUUCAUAGACCCGACUUGCCAUAUCUGAUGACUAGGGCUCUAUGGUCAGCCGGAAAACACGGUUCGUUGCGGCUGCCAAAAACAAAAAAUAUGACACACACAGAGGACGCCUGCAUUAAAACUG